AUGAAUGAUAAACGAUUACGAAGUCAUGGACAUUCAACUCAAACAUCACGUUUGAGUAAUUAUUCAGGACAACAUUUCGAUUUUAUGGAUACACAUCAUUCGGUUUUUUCAAGAAAUAGUUAUUAUAAUGAUAUGCAUUCAGUUCAUCCAUGGUCACGUCGUCCAUGUUCACGUUUUUCUGGUAUUCCAUUUACUACAUUACGUGCUAAAUCUUGUUCAGCACGUCUUGAAGAUUUAUCAAGACCAAAAAUAAAACGUGAUCGACUUAUUCGACAAGAAUUUUUUGAUAAUAUAACAAAUUAUGCCUAUAGUGGUGUUAAACCAGCAGCAUUAACAGCUCGAUAUUCACAACGUUUAGCUAAACUCGCUCAACCAAAAACCACACCAACUGGUUAUAAAGAUGCUUAUAUACUUCCAAAAGCAGUAUCUGAACAAGCACUAUCUGUUCAAGCAACAGAUCGAAUUUGUGAAUUAGCUAAACCACGUCGUGGUAUAAUUCUACUUCAUACAGCAUGGAAAAAUCAACAAAAAUAG